AUGAUCCUCGGUUCGCAAAUGGAGCUAUCCGAGAUCGAGAAACUACCGAAGAAGCUCCUUCGGGAGGAGGCUAGCCGUGCCUUCGUUCUUCAAGCUUCGGCUUCAAUGGACAUGUGGUUGUGCGUUAAGCGAGCCAUCAAUGCCACCGAAAAGGUGAAGAAGGCUUAUGAAGACGGCAGGGCUAGGGUUGCCGAGGCUGGCAAGGCUAUCCAAGCUCAUGCGAACUUGGCAAAGGACAUGCAGGCUACCGAACGGCAGGUCAAGGUUUAUGAAGCCAAGUUCGCUGAGAUGUCAGCAACCCUGGAAUCGGCGCAGCUAACGGCAAAAGAGGCUCUGGAGGCGAAGGAGGCGAUCCAGGUGGCUUUUGAGGAGUCGAAGCGGGCCAAGGCUUCGGAGAUUGAGGCUGCAGUCCAAAAGGCAAUCCGAGGUUACCGUCACUCUCCGAGUUCUCUACCUUGCUGGACAAGGAGGUGGGCUCGAAAAUGGCUGAUCUGCUCCACCGUUUCAAGCGGUACAACCCCGGACAAAAGCUCAACCUCAACUUUAUUGCCGAUCCUCCCCCUCUUCCUAAAGGCAUAA